UUAAUUAUUUGUUCAUUCUUCUGAAUAAUAAAACAAUUUUGUAGUACUUAAUAUUAAAUGUGUAAAAUAUUAAUUUAGGUACUUAUAACAAAAUCAUGAACAAUUGUCCAAUGCGUAUGUAUUUUGUCAUUAUAAUGGAGUUUUUGGAACGAUUUUCUUUUUCGAGCCUGCGAUCCGCACUAUCAUUUUAUAUACGAGAUGUUUUGUUGUACAAUGAAAGACAAGCAGUUGACAUUUAUCAUGUAUUUAUGAUGCUUUGUUAUCUGUCAGCCAUAAUCGGAGGGUUAGUGGGAAACAGUGAUUAUGGUAAGUAUAAAACUAUCUUAACAUUUUCAAUACUGUAUUGGAUUGGAAUAUUGAUGUUAUUUUGGUCAACUGUUCAAAUCAAAAAUACAGUAUUAACUAAUUUCAUGGCACUAUACAGUCUGGUUUUUAUUUCAAUUGGUGUGGGUGCUAUAAAAUGUUGUAUCGCAGCAUUUGGAGUAGAUCAGCUCAUCGGAAAUAAUCAAAACGUAACCUCAACACAAGUACACGGAUUCUUCAGUACUUUCUACUUUUCUAUACACUUAGGCGUGUUAUUCGGAAUGAUUACUUCACCAAUCAUCAACAAAAUUUUGUUGUACAAGGGCCACAAUAUCAACGGAUAUAUUAUCAGAUUUGGACUGGUGGUUAUCACAAUGUCAAUCUCAAUAAGCGUAUUUGUUUGCGGAAAUCCAUACUACUUCUUCAAAAAAUCUCUCACUAAUAUUUUACCUAAAAUGAUUAAAUGUAUUUUAUUUUCUUUGUGGAAACGAUUAACAUCACGCUGCAAGGAGACAAAAAAUAAACAUUGGUUAGAAUCAGCAAAAGAUUCAUUUUCAAACGAAACCAUAAAUGACACGAAGAAAACGUUACACAUACUCUAUCUUUACAUACCUUUAUCAGUAUUUUGGAGCUUGUUUGACCAACAACACACAACUUGGAUUUUUCAAGCAUCAAGGACAAGCGACAAUUUGCUUGGCAUGCCAUUUUCAGUGUACAUGCUACAAGUGGUAAAUCCCCUACUGGUAUUGUUCACUAUUCCGUUAAUGGACCGUCUAGUUUACCCUUAUUUGAAAAGUCAUAAACUA